AGAACCCACCUCCAUACAUUGUGGCGCAUCCCUCAGAGUCCAAUAUCCUCGAGUAAGUAUCACUGUUACUUUGGUCUCCCUGAUGAAUUCUGAAACCUUUCUAGAUGGCAUUACAUCCUUACAGGCCCCCCAGGAACCCCGUACGAAAAUGGCCAGUACUGGGGCACUCUUGUGUUCCCCCCGGAGUACCCGUUUGCCCCCCCAGCGAUUCGCAUGCACACCCCAAGUGGCCGGUUUCAGCCAUCUACACGUCUGUGUUUGAGCAUCAGUGACUUCCAUCCAAAGUCAUUCAACCCGGCGUGGGAAGUCUCCACUAUUCUUAUUGGAUUGAUGUCUUUCAUGACUAGUGAGGAAAUGACUACCGGCAGUGUCAGUGCAUCAGAGGCUGAGCGCAGAGUCUUGGCUGCGCGAUCAAGGUGGUGGAAUUCUACUGGCGGAGGAUCACAUAUUAAUGCUACCCCGGGAGUGACCCCUACCGCCAAGGGCAUCAAUAAUGUCAAAGCUGGGGACGGUGGCUUGAAGUUCCGCGCAGAAUGGCCAGAGCUAGAUCAAGAGAACUGGAAGUGGAUGAAGGACAACCGUAUUGACACGAACACGGGACAAAUUAUCCCCGAUCCAAAUGCUGCGGCUACAAAAUGCUCACCUGAGACAAGUGCGCUGCGCAGACGUCCGAAUGGAAGCGCUCCCGGCAUUGGGGUGGUCAUGGAAGGAGGCCAUGUCGCGCGAGAAGCAGGCCAGAGCUGGGCUCUACGGAACAAGAUCUGGAUUGGCAUCGCAAUUGCGUUUGGAUACGCACUCCUGAUGAGGGUCGUGAAUGAUGUUCAAGGCUAAGUUGAUUUGGACAUUGUUUGACACAUUAUCAACACUGACAGUUGUGGCUCUCCCAAAACGCCUUUUCUUCCAAAAGACUUGUAAUACUCUUUCACCUCUCUAUCACAGGCGGCAGGCCCUAUCUCCUUUUCUUUUCUUUCCUUUUUUCUUUCUUUUUUGUUGAACAGCAGGUUUGGAUGCAUUUUACAGGAUUGCGGAUUGUCUAAAGACCAGGGGUCUUUUACAGGAAUGGCGUUUUAUUUAUUAUUAUUAUUACUUUUUAUUUUUUAUUUUUUGCUUUGUUGACUGUGUGUAAAGAUCUAGAAGAGAACCGAGGGAUAGCACUCGAAGACAGAAAUUAAAUAAACUGUAUGUACAUACGAGUGACCUAGUCAGCUCUUGUGCUCAUCGCGGUAGAUGUUACACAAACAAUUGCACUU